AUGCUGGCCGUGACCUACAGCGUCCCGUCUUUCCACGACAUCACCUCUCUCCACAACAGCACCUCGCUCCACAACAGCACUUCCUUGGACAACAGUUCGGCUCCGACUUGUGGCAACAACGAUAUCGAUCCCAAGAGCUCAAGAUAUUAUACAUGCAAAAUGGAGGGCAACGGAGCCCCGAUCAACGAGAUCGGCCACGGACUCGAAUACCUCUAUGACCUGCAGCCCAGCCUAGCGAGGAUUGGCGAGGGCAGACACUGCGACCACGUCAGCUGCGAGUGGGGGUCGGCCAUCUUUUUCUGCAAUGAUGAUACGAACCGCGUCAAGGUAGUUGAAUGGCCUCAGAUUGCCGAUGCCGCUUCGCUCCUCAUCGACACAUGCAGGGAUACUUCUGAGGUGACUGUGAAGGGCAAGGUGUAUUUCACGAAGUAA